AGCCGUGAAAAGGAUUAGGGUUUUGCUGCUUGCGCUGCAGCCGCAGGCAUGCUGUGGAUCCUCAUCAAAAGCAAUCGAGUUGUCGAACACUGGAGCGACGAUCCAUCCACCCACUCAUUGCCUCCGACCCCAUAGCAACCCGCUUUCACUUCUCUACCGGCAUACUAGCAUACUACGUAGAAGAUGGCAAACAGAAUCCUACCAUUGGAGUUGAUUGAUAAAGCAAUUGGGUCCAAAAUAUGGAUCUUGAUGCGAGGAACAAAGGAAAUCGUGGGGAAUCUCAGGGGAUUUGACGACUAUGUCAAUUUGGUUUUAGACGAUGCCAUAGAGUAUUCCCCGGAUCCAAAGGACAAAACCAAAAUCAUCAAGACAGAGCUAAAGUCUGAAAUCCUGCUGAAUGGCAAUCAGAUUGCAGUAUUGGUUCCUGGAGGGACAGGUCCACCAGAGGAUUCCUUGGCAGCAAAAGCUCGUUGACACUUCCUUGAAAAGGUUGGGUCGAUCGAUAUGUAGCAGGAUCGAGAUUUAAACAAACAGCCAAACAAACAAACUCUCUACUACACAAUUCAAUUCCCAGAUGCCCUUACAUGCACAGAAAACGAAGCCAUGGGAG